AUGUCUUCCGAUGACCAUAUAUUCCUUUUCGCCGGUUUGGAUUCCAAAAAGCCUUCAACAGCUCGGAAAGUGCACCUUCGACGGCUUUAUGAUUUAUUGCAAUUGAGUAUCCAAAGAUGCAACUUUGAACGUGCGCAAAAGUGCUGGGCAAUUCUUGCUCGAUGUAGCGAGAUCAAUUGGAAAGCGUUAUGGCCCAUCGGAUUGCACAUUCUCGGAGGGAAAGAUUGCGAAAAAAAUAGUCAAAUAUCUGUCGAAUAUUUGCGUGCUGUGAUGCUCCAACACCCUGACGAUCGUGAAUCGAUACUCAAAGAACUCAUCCUCCACCUUCUACUUCAAGGAAAUUGUAGAGGUGCUUUAGACGAGCUAGAGCUAUAUUUACCUUCCUUUCCUUACCAAGAUAACCCAACCCUUCACAUUUACGCUGGACUCUCUUCGCUAUAUCUUGCUCAGUCUGAUAUCGACAAAUUCGGUGCCUAUGAUCAACUUUUACUUCGGGAUUCCCAAACCCACUUUGAACACGCCACGGCCCUAGAUCCAUCAAACAGCGUCGCCCUCGCCUUCCUAAAAAAGAUAACCGAUUUACGAAAAGGUAAUCAAACAGUCCAAGAAGAUUCCGACGAUGAACCGAUGGACUUCACGGAACUUCUGCCCGACAAGAAGCGAAUGCGAGCGUAG